AAAAUCUGCCAAGAAGAGAGAAGAGGGGGAAAAGAGAGAGAGAGAAAGAGAGAAAAAAAAAAGAAAGAGAGAAAGAGAGAAAAAAAAAGAAAGAGAGAAAGAGAGAAAACCACGAGGACGAACCGGUUAGAUAGGUUCGAUAGGUUAGAUAGGUGAUGCUCGCGCUGGAAACGGAGUUAUCAUUGUGUUAGAGCAAGCGAGCGAUAGUAUAUUUUAAGCGACUGGAUCAACGUGAAGGAGUAACUUCUUUUAUCUAGAGAAAUAAACCGUGGCCAAGUUUGCUCUACAUUUUCACCCACAUUCACACAGUCUGGUGGUGGACAAAAAAAAAAUAAAAAAAAUAGCUCGUGAACGUUAAGAUGCCGGUCAGGUUGCUGAGAUAGUUUGGAGUUUAUUUAUUUAUUUAUUUAUUUAUUUGAGUGACCACCGAAUAUUUUCCAACGCUUAUUCACCAUUUUUGACAGGACGCAACCAUGAUGGGACCGAUGCCCAUGCUGUGCGGCUGCACGAAACCCAAAGUCUACCCGCAGACCCCUGACGGAGGCUGGGGAUGGGUUGUGGCUGUGGCCUUCUUCCUUGUGGAAGUUUUCACCUAUGGCACCAUCAAGAUUUUCGGCAUCUUCCUGCAGGACCUCACCAACGAUUUUGGAGAGACGAACAGCCGGGUGUCCUGGAUCAUCUCCAUCUGCGUCUUCGUCAUGUCCUUCACAGGUGUUAUCAUUCUUGCCCUGAGCUUAAAGCUCCCCUGUCCUCAGUUCUCAGUAAGCGGUUUGGAUUUCAGCCGGUUGUGAUGGUCGGAGGUCUCCUGGUCAGUUUGGGAACCGUCACCACCGCAUUCACCACCUCCAUCACUCAGAUGUACAUCACCACAGGCCUUAUUGCAGGCCUUGGUUACUGCCUCACUUUCCUGCCCACCGUCACCAUCCUCUCACAGUACUUCGACAAGCGCAGGUCACUUGUCACUUCCUUUGCCUCUACCGGAGAGUGUUUCUCUCUUUUCGCCUUGGCUCCAGCCUUCAGUGCUCUGAAAGACCAGGUCGGAUGGCGUAACUGCAUGAUCGUCAUAGGGCUCCUUCAGGCGUCUAUGAUCGGCUGUGGCGCCCUGCUCAGACCGAUCCUCAUAAAGCCUGAAUGUUCAAAACAGGAAGAGGAACUGGAAGGUCCUCAUUCUCCCCUUAAAACGAAUCAGGAAAGCAAAUACGAGAUGGAGAACGAGUUCACGCGCACCUCGUUGAACUCCGUCGACUCCGGCGUUCAGUCCAUCGCCUCGGAGGAGCAGAACGCCGCCGCCGACAUCACGGACCUGGAGGAAGCAGAGAAAGAUCAGGCACUACCUUCUACUCCUCUAAAACAAAACCAGGGCGAAGAGAGGAAAAGGAAGCUUUUCGGCUUUUCCGAUUUUUCGCUGCUAAAAGACACCAGCUUCAUUUGCUACUCCCUCUUCGGGCUGUUCGCCACGCUGGGAUUUUUCGCGCCGCAGCUUUACGUGAUCGAGCUGAGCGUGUCGUACGGGGUGCAGCGCAGCAAGGCCACCUACAUGCUCUCCCUCAUGGCGGCGGCCGAAAUUUUCGGACGGCUGUCCAUCGGCUGGGUGAUGAACCGCAAACCCAUCCGCAAAGUCUACAUCCUGCUGAUCUGCACGGUGCUGCUGAGCCUGGUGCUCGCGCUCUUCCCCGCCGUCUCCUCGCACUUCUGGGCACUCGCUUCCUGCUGCGCCGCCUGCGGCUUCCUGUUCGGGACGGUCGCCUCCACCCACAUCCCCAUGCUGGCCGAGGACGACGUGUUGGGCAUGGAGAGGAUGACGAUGGGUGCCGGAGUUUACGUUUUCAUCCAGAGCUUCGCCGGGCUCGCCGGUCCACCGCUCGCAGGCAUGUUGGUGGACACGACGCAAGAUUACGGCUCGGCGUUCUACUCCAGCGCGGCUGGGGUGUGCGUCGGCACGUUGUUCCUUUCUCUGGUGCGACCGGCUAAAACCGGUUGGAGCUGCUGCAAGAGGGACAGGAAAUGUGUAGAAAAGGAAGCCAUGCCCGAUGACUUCCUGGAAUUGGACAUAACUCUGGAGACUCCAAAGAAGACAGGACAAGUCUGAGCUGCUAACACGAACACUCUAACACAUGCAAAACUUGAACAAUCCAUCCAAAGUCUGACAUUAUGGAUGUCGAUCCCUUCUUCAUUUGUAUUUCAUUUUUUGUUUGUUUUUUUUGGUUUUUUUCCAGACCAAAUGAAACCUCAAGCUGGUGAUGCUGCUCUUCUCAUUAACAUAGUCUUGAUUUUACUACUGUGUUGAAGUUGUGUAAGCGAGAUGUUACAGAGGACACAUGACAUCACCAGUUAGUUUUUGGCAAUACCAAGUUGCCAACUCUUUUCUCUUUUUCCAUGUUAACUAAUUUAUUUGCCGGUUACUUACCCGGUUAAGUAAUUUAUAUGGCAGUAUUUAAAAAAGAGAACAAUGUUUGUAAGCGGUUCUUUUCUAAGCUCCCUGACUCUGCGCUGUAUCGUUUAUUUGUAGUUUUCUUUUAUAUCUGUACUUAUUAGAGGGCAGGUUCAAUUAAUUUUUUUAAAAUGGCAGAUUAAUUUGCUCGAUGAGAAGCACAGAAUCACGCAGAGUGUUUUGAUGAAGUCGAAAUCAUUCCCAGUGGUCCAAUGAACUUAAGGCAUGAUACUAUAGAAAGUGGGUGUGGUCUUUAAUAAGGGGCGUGGUUCAGUUCAGUGGACGUAGCUGCCAUCAACCGGUCAGCUUUCAGCAGGCGGUUGACAAGGUUUCAAAUUUUUUAACGAAGUUAUGAUUAAUGUUCUUAUUUUGUUGCCUUUUGAAUCAUUUAGCCACGCCCACUUUCAUUUAAGUCCAGUGCGAGGAUGAAUGCCAAUCAGCUCCCAUAGGGUGGAGCUUAAAUCACAAACUCAUGAAUGAUUGAGUGGAAAAAAUGAAGGAUGUGAGUCAAGAUUCGGAUUCUGGGCGUGGUCAUUCAUAGGGGGGUGGAGUUUUGUUGAAAUGGCUGUUUUUCAAGGGACUGUAGAUCUGCUAAAGCUAAACUUAAUUUCAGUUUGAUUUUAAUGGUUGUUAGGCUCAUCUGUAACCGGACCCCUUAUGAGGUUGAGGCGUCUCAGAGGUGCAGAAGUUCUAAAUUGUCCCAUUUUUCUAGAAUGUUCCUUUUUGAUCCAAACACGCUGCAUGACUUCGUUUACUUCUUGUCUGCUGAAUAAUUUAAGCACUUAGAUUAGUCUUUUUAUUACUACAGUGUGUGUGUGUGUGUGUGUGUGUGUGUGCACAGACACACAACACUGUAGGCAUCCUAGAUGAUCUGCCACUUAUGACAACUGCCACUCUAAACUAGGGGAUAAUCUCACGAUCAAAGCUAAAUCAUGAGCCUGGAUUAGACUCAACUCCAAGCAUCAUACAAAUUUGUUUUUGCCAACGAGGCAUCAUCUGUUUUUGUAUUUUAGUUAAAAAAAACCCCUCCAAACCUUUAAGGUUACACACGUGUGAUGUUAUGAAGAGAUUCACAGCUUCACAGGAUCUCUAAGAAGAAGCCUUUUUCAAAUCACAGCACUACCCUCUAAGGAACCUCUGAAGAACCUUAGACAACAGACUUUGACAGAUCUUGUCUCCGACGCUCACGACGACGACAUCUCAUGUGUUGGAUUUGUUUGUCUCCUUACGCUCCAGUGACGUCUUCCAUCUUCCAUGUUCGGUUUUGUUUUCUUAACAAAAAAAAAAAACAGAUGAAGAAUGAAUGUAGCAACAUCGUAUGCAUACAUGUAUAUCUGUAUAUCUCCUGCGUUACCGCCACCACACCAAUCAUAAUAUUUAUUUUGGUAUUUAAUCCACUGAUUUGAACUCUUCAGCAAACUUGAAUACGUUGCUGGUGAGAAACAAUCGCACUCCUGAAGCCUACCUGUGUUUAUGUAACAAGGACAGACUGCGCCCCAAUGCCGGUUUUAUGCUCUCUUCGUAUCUGCUGUCGCCGUUUCCCCGUACGCCGGGUCCAGUGACCGGCACUCGAAAUGUAUUUACCACAAAGGCUUUGCUCAAAUCCGACACCUCAAAAUGGCACACGAAGCUUUUUUCCAUAAGCAAUAAAACUUGAGUGAGUGAUAACUGUUUACUCAGCUAGCUAGUUAGCAGGCCUGCUAGUUAGCGCCACAUGUAGUGACAGUAUAAAAUCUCAUUUUUACGCUUAGAUCUGUAUUGGGGUGUGGCGACGGUUAGACUUGAACCCUGAUGUACACGCACACAUGCACUCUUUAUGACUUGAAUGGCUUUGUUUUGCUGUAUUUUGUCUCGGACAUAAUGUUUAGGAUUGCACUGUAUGUUGCUGGUGUUUUACUUUAACAUCACAUUGGGCAUCUUAGUUCAUCUUUAAUUUUCCCUGGAUGAAAUUUUUUUUUUAAAUAAUGAUAAACAUUUUUUUCAAUAAAAA